CGCACUCAUAGAGGGAAAGCGUUGUGUUCAUGGAAACAAUACUUAGUUGGAAACUGUCAUUCCGGGAAUGGCUACCUUGCCUACUACGCACCCGGUGCGUCGUGGCGUGCCCCUGACGCCCUCACAGCACGCUGCAUUGGUUCAGAUUCGUCAGGCAGUUCAGUUAUGCGGGGACUCCGGUACUUUGCGCUCUGCGAGGACGCUGGGCCUCGCACUGGCGGAAACUGGAUUGAUGGUUACGGUCCGGACGUGCGUCGCGAAAGGGUUCCACAGGCUGCGGCAUUCCUACCUGCUGGUGCAGUUAAACCAUGGAGGUCCUGCAAUUGCAGUUGACCCCGAGUUUAAGGACAAAUUUUGCUACACGGGGCUGCCAGGUGGAACCUACGCAACAUGCGUCGCAGCAUUGCCGCAGAUGUUUGUUGGAACUCUGGAGGUCGUCACCUCGCUUGUCAAGCUCAUGUCUGACGCCUUAAUACGCGAAGCAGCCGCGCAGAGCCACGAGCUGCCUCCCUGGCGCUCGGGUCGCGCGCUGCUCAGCAAUUGGCUGCCAGCGCACUUCACGGACGAAGUCCUACCACCACCUGCCAUCCCCUUGCACCCAGUCCUCACGCAAUCAUCCUCAAACCACGACAACUGCCAAACGCUUCCCAACUGCUCCAACUAUUCCUCCCAGCUGCUACAUAAGCCACCACAGCCUCAGCGGGCUCCACUGCUACGUUUCCUCUCGGACGUUUCCUCCUCCUCCUCCAUCCCCUGCUCUGCUGCUGCUGCGGCCGCCGAUCCAGCCUCCUCCUCCUCCCCUUCUUCCACUAUGAAGACGGAGCACGAACCCCAGGCGUGUCAGGAGCAUUCUGAUUCGGCUGCAGCGGUAGCGGCACCUACUCCUGCUGCGGCUGCUGCAGCUCACGCAACCCGUGCCGGAGCCGCCCCAGCUGCUGCUGCUGCUGCUUCCUGCGGCUGCGCAAAUGAGCCGACUCGCAUCAUACGGGGUUUCGCUGCUCUUCCACCGACCUCCACCACCACCACCACACCCAACACCCACACCACCAGCAUCAGGCAACAGCAGCAGCAGCAACAGCAGCAGCCCGUGGCAUGCUGCUGGGGCCCAACAGCGGCGACAGCAACCACAACAACAAGACCGGCACGGACGGAAGCGGCGGCAAGGACAAGGGCAGCAGCCGCUCGCAGCAGCAGCAGCAGCAGCGGAGGUUCGGCAGGCGGGGCGCCAGUGUCAUUGCUGUCUCGGGGCCUGGCGAAGGCAGCUGCGGUGGCGGCAACAGCAACAGCGGCGGCAGGAGUCAUGACGUAUCGGCUGCAGCAGCAGCAUUUGCAGCAGCAGGCACUGCAGCCGCAGCCGCUGUGCCAGCAGCUGCAGCUGCAGCAGCCGCAUCAACAGGACUAUCAGCAGCAGCAGCAGUUCUUCCUUCGUCAUCAGCAGUACCAAUGGCAGCAGCAACAGGCAUGGUGGACUCAGCACCAACAACAACAGCGCCAACAACAACUACAAAAGCAACAACAGCUCCAACAGCAGCAGCAGACCGACCAGGCUUGGCCUCCACCUCAUACCCAUCACCAGCUGCAGCCUGUGCCUGAGGUCCCCGAGGCCUCCGAGCACCCCUCCUCCUCCUCCUCCCCCGUCCCCUCAAGCGCAGUACCAGCCGUACGAGCUGCGGAGAAAGCAGCAGCAGCAGAGGCAGCAGCAGCUCCCGAACCAGCACCUCCGUCACCCUCAUCAUCCCUGUCCUCAUCCAUUGCUGGUUACACCACCACCACAACCACCACGCUGCUUCCGCACGCCCUCAUGCUUCAAGACAGUCUGGUGGAACCACCACCCAUGCUGCUGGCGGGUGCUGCUGGGGCGGGCGCUGCUGCUGCCGCUGCUAGGGGGGCAGUGGCGCAGGGGGAAGGAGACACGCUGCUGGGAGGUCUUCAUGCCGCUGCCCCUGAGGCUGAUGCUGCCGCUGCCACUGCGGCUGACGUUGCCACUACUACUGCUGCUUCGGCAGCUGCUGCUACGGCAGCUGCAGACGCGUGCGGCCUGCUGGCUACGUCAUCACCCUCCUCAUCUCUUCCCUGGUCCACACACCUGCCUGCCUUACCGUUGCCGCUGCCGAACCUGGCAAAGCAGGCGAGGAAGACAUCCGGUGGUGGUGUCGCUGUCUGCUACUCCUCCUUCACACCGCGCCAGCACCUGCUCCAGCAGCAGCACCAGCAGCAACCCCCUCGCGCAGCCGGCCACAGCCGCGCUGUCCCGGUGGCAGUGGCUGCUGCUAGGUCAUUGCGGGGCGGCCGCGGGGGUUCCUCCUCGCGCCUGCUGCUGUCCUCCUCAGCCUGCUGCGCCUCCCCGUCUGCCUCCAUGAUGUCGCUAGGUGGGCUGCAGCCCCCCUGCGGUGCUGGGAGGCGGACGGGGGGAGCAGCAGGCGGCGGGGGAGCAGGGGGAGGUGGUGGUGGCAUUGUUGUGGCUCCGAGGAUCAUUACGGUGCGUCCGAGGGGGACGGCGACUGGCAUGAGACCGGCUACAGUUCGGGUGUGAGAGGCGGUGGUGGUGGUGGUGGUGGUGGUGAAGUGAGAGUAGAGUGAAGAAUAGCUGUGUAAUGACAAGUAAGGCUAAGGCUAAGCAAGUGACAAGGCCCCAUCAUGGGUUGCAUGGUUGGGGUGCGGUGGGGUUCAGGUGGGGUGCUGGUGAGGGAGAGGAGGAGAUGACAGCGCAGGUGAGGAAGGUGUAGUUAGUCGGGAGGGGUGGUGUUGCUUGGUGUGGGCCGGUUGCGAUGGAGGAGUUGUGCUGGGAGCAGGAGGCGGCAAUUGCUUGUUUGUUUGGUUUGAUAUAAAGAUGUAUGUGUGUUAUGUUGAAAAAGGGUAUUUAUUUGCUGUGCGGAGAAUGGUCUGCGAUUCGGAGGAAUGGUUAAUAGCGAAUGGACUGCUAGACCCCUUCCUAACUAGUUAACGAAGAGAAACAUGAAACUCAUGUUCAAUUAUAGCAAAUGGUGCAAUUGAUUGGUGCACGUUGUCUGUUGGGUUGGAGGAAGACACAUCGUGCUACCGCUAGCUGGCUGGGGGGAUUGAACAGACGGACGUAAGAUUCACAGGAGGUUUAACAGACGGACGUAGAGAGUUGUGCUUGGGAUUAUGGAUCCGUUGUGCUGCUCUGUUGGCGCUCGGAGGGCCACUUCCAACACGACGUUCUCGUCAGGUGUACAACGGAUAACAACGCAACGCAACGCAGCACACGUAACACACUUUUCUGUGUGCGGUUAUCAUGCAAGGAAGCGCGGCGGGG